GUCAAUAUUAUUUGUUUUGUUGUGAAGUUCAGUUCGGUUCUUAAAUGUGAAGUGAGGACGUAUUUUAUUCAUUUGUCAUUUAUAAAUACAAAAACCGGUUUAAAAUAAUUAUCGUAUAAAAGUUAAGUGUUUCGUGUAUGAAAUUGUAAUAAACAUGGCGCCUCAAUUGUCGCAGACACAGAGAGAGCACAUCAUAGCGCUGAGAUCCAGUGGAUGUCGCGUGACGGACAUAUGUCGACUUACAGGUAUUACGAAAAAAACAAUUUACCUCUGGCUCCGUCGCUGGGAGGAGGGAGGAACACUGGAAGGUCACCGCCGGCAUAUGUACGCGAGAGCCACCACCGCUGAAGAUGACGAGGCCAUCGUGGCCGCACACUCUGCAGACCCGAGCCUCAGCACGAGGGUAUCCUCCAAAUCUUACAAAAUAUCAAUGGACACAGUGAGGAGACGUCUUAAAGAAGCCGCAAAGAAACGCAGUCGUCCUGCCAGGAAGAACAACACCAAAGCCGAUAAGGAACCAAGAGUCAAAACUGAAUCAGCGAAUGAAACGCGGAAGGUAUGUCCGAGUUGUCAUGCGACGCUUCCUGACUCCUUCCAAGCAACUCAGUCUCGACAUGAGCAAAUAAAAUCAGUGAUAGCGAAGGUAUACCACUUCUUGGAGCGCGAGUACGAACAGUUGAAGAGCUUGCACCCGGAGACGGACUGGUCUCCGCUGAGCAGGGUCAGGCAGCGCGCGGCCGUCGCCACCGGCGUCUCGGAGACCGACGUGCUUCACAUACUUAGCGAAGAGUCUGUUGGGCUUGUCGUCGAACAAAAAACGCCCAAUAAACGAGCUAGGAAAGGAACUACUGAGGAAAGUUCAUCUGACAAUGAUGAUGAUGAUGAUGAUGAUAGAACAAGCAAUGAUGAUGAUGACAGUGACAAACAAACUGAAGAUGUACUUCCACUUCAGGAUUUUGGCCCAGAAACGUUGACUAUUAGCCUAAAACCAGAAGCUAUCGCGAAUAAUACUGAACCGGAAACCGUUUGUAUAAAGCAAGAACCCCCAGAUGAACCCCAUAGUCCAGAUAUCAAUUACAGUGCAAACAGCUCUGCUGUCGAGGCGUGCCGCGAUGACAUAGUGCGACGAGACAAACAGACAACUAUAUCUCAACCAGCACCACAUGUGCACACUCAGGACCCGCUGAUGAUAGAAGUGAAACUGGAAGAAAUAACAAUAGAAAAUGAGGGGAUUAGUUAAUAUAUCUUUAUGUAGAAUUACUUUCAAAUGUAAAAUUCAUAAUGAUUCAUCCUUUCUAUACAGGGUUACUGGUAACUCGACGUAUUCCUUGACAUCAUAGUAGGGUUAAAAUGCAACAAAUUAAGCCACUAAAUGUUCUACCGAAAUUCAGUAGUUUUUGAGUAAGUAAGGGUUUUAGAUUUUUUGUGAAAAAUCCCAGAUUAAAUUAUUUGAAGCCAAUUUGAAAAUUAUUCACGGGGCGACUGUACUGAAAUUGAAGUUAUUAUCAUAGUUGACACCGUAGCGGAACGUUUUUAAUAACUAAAAGUUCAAAAUGACUAAAACUUUGGUGAAGAUCACUAAUCAAACAUUUUUUUUUGUAAUUCGGCUUGAAUUUUGUCGUUUCAUGCUUAAUGCCGAUGCCGAAAGCGAAAACUUUUUGAAAAACAUUCUGUGGACCGAUGAGUCAUGUUUUGACCGUGAUGGUAUCACAAAUUACCACAAUUUACAUUACUGGGUACCGAAGGGAGAAGGAAACCCUAAGAAACUGAAACCAACCGCAUCGCAGCGUAAGUUCUCGCUUAAUGUUUGGAUGGGUAUUGUCGACGAUAAGUUAAUAGGCCCACAUAUUUUACCCCGAACAUUAAAUGGGGAACUUUAUGAAGAUUUCCUAAGAAAUAAUUUAGCAGCACUGCUCACGGAUGUACCUGAAGAAAGAAGGGCAAACAUGAUAUACCAACAUGACGGAUGUCCAGCCCACUUCCGCAUCACAAUUCGACAAUUGCUGGAUGAAAACUAUCCAAACCGAUGGAUUGGGCGCGGUGGGCUGAUUCCGUGGCCUGCACGAAGCCCUGAUCUAACGCCGCUAGACUUUUACGUCUGGGGUCAUAAGAAAGACCUAGUUUAUGUCACCCCCGUAAAUUCAAUUGAAGAACUAAGGGAGAGAAUAACAGAUGCGGCGGAUCAGAUUAGGACCACAAUAACAUCAAGAAUCACAAAAACCGAAGUGAGGAAGCGAAUAAGAGCAUGUAUUCGAAACCGAGGACAGCACUUCGAACAAGACGUGUGAAAUACAUGUUAUUACAGACCACAAACUCAUAUUGAUUAUAAAUAAUGAUAAUGUUCACGAAAUUGUUUAAUUUGAUUUUCCGAAUAAACACCUUCUUGUACUAACGCAAAAACGAUUUUCAUAAUGCAGUCCAAGACUUUGUAUUAACUUUCAUACCUUUUUGGAUAGCUGAUAAGACAAGGAUAUUUUUCUAAUAAUUUGUACACCUGGUGUAGUGUAUUUUUUUUUGUGCUAGGAACAUUUUUUAUGAAGUAAUAGCAAAAAUUACAAAAAAAAAAAAUGUUUGAUUAGUGAUCUUCACCAAAGUUUUAGUCAUUUUGAACUUUUAGUUAUUAAAAACGUUCCGCUACGGUGUCAACUAUGAUAAUAACUUCAAUUUCAGUACAGUCGCCCCGUGAAUAAUUUUCAAAUUGGCUUCAAAUAAUUUAAUCUGGGAUUUUUCACAAAAAAUCUA